CUCGGCACGCCGGGCCGCCGGGCCGCUGCUCCUCGGCGCCAGUGGACUGCACGCGGUGGACGGCGUCGGCCCAUUCGCAGGCUAUAAUACCCCUCGCCGGUGCUCACUGCCCCUCAUCAACUCGAGGAAGCGCAUCACUCCACCAACACCAAUCCCAGUCACGCCGCCCACUCACCUCUUCACAUCCUUUCAUCUCGCAACCCACCAUGGUCGACUACCAGGAUGAGGAAGGACGCGUUGGCUCCUACGACUCGUCGCCAGCCUCCUCCCCCAAGCGCGGCUUCUUUGGGCACUCGCGCGCAUACAUGAUGGCCCUCAUCGGCUUCAUGGGCAUCUUCCUAUUCGGCUACGACACGGGUCUGGGAUCGGCAACAAUGAGUCUGAAAAGCUUUCAGCGCGAUUACGGGCUGGUCAAGCCGGACGGCUCGCCGGUUGACAACAUUCGCACGUUGCAGGGCAAUGUCGUGUCGAUCUUGCAGGGCGGUGCGUUCUUUGGUGCCCUCUUCGCCGCGCCAGCGGAGGACCGGCUGGGCCGCAAGAUCUCGCUCAUGAUCGGCUGUGCCAUCUUCAUCGUCGGCGGCGUCAUUCAGACCGCCUGCUUCUCGUCCCUCGACCAGUUCUACGUCGGCCGCUUCAUCGCCGGCUUUGGCGUUGGUGCCAUGUCCUGCGUGUGCCCGACGUACGCGUCUGAGAUCGCGCCCAAGGAGAUCCGCGGCCGCAUCACCGGCCUUUUCCAGAUCGUGGUUGUCAUCGGCGUCGCCUUCGCCUUCUGGAUCAACUACGCCGUCUCCUUCAUGGACCCCAACGUCGGCGCUAUGCAAUGGCGCAUCCCCAUCGGCUUCCAGCUUGUCCCGGUCGGCAUCAUGCUGUUGCUUCUCCCCCUUCUCCGGGAGUCGCCGCGCUGGCUCGCCGUCAAGCACCGCGACGACCAGGCCCUCACCAAUCUCGCCUGGAUCCGCAAGCUCCCCGAGAACGACCCGAGCGUCAAGAUGGAGUUUGCUGAGAUCACAGCGUCGAUCCGCGAGGCUGAGUCGGCUACCGGCGGCACCACUUGGCGCGAGGUGUUCCGCAAGGGCAACUUCAACCGUUUCGUCAUUGCCUUCGUGAUCUUCACCCUUCAGCAGUGGAGCGGGCAGAACUCCAUCUCGUACUACGCGCCCAUCAUCUUCGAGUCCAUUGGCCUCCGCGGCUCCCACACCAGUCUCCUCACGUCGGGCAUCUACGGCAUCGUCAAGAUUGUUGCCACGGCCGUGUUCAUCUUCUUCGGUGUCGAGAGGUUCGGCCGCAAGCGCCCCCUCCUCGUCGGUAUCUUCAUGAUGUCGGGUUUCCUCUGGAUCAUCGGUGCCAUCUUCAACACCAACCAGCCCGACAAGCACGCCACGAGCCCCUCGUCAGCAUCUAUUGCGAUGGCCGCCAUGAUCUACCUCUACGUCAUUCCUUACUGCUUCUCCGUCGGCCCCCUCCCAUGGGUUAUUUGCAGCGAGAUCUUCAACAACCAAACGCGCCACUACGGCCUCAUGACCGCCUCGAUGUCGCAGUGGCUGUGGAACUUUGCUGUCUCGAUGGCAACUCCCCACAUGGUCGACAAGCUGCCCAACGGCGGCAUUUUCUUCUUCUUCGCGUGCAUCAACAUCAUCUCGUUCCUCCUCGCCCUCUUCUUCCUUCCUGAAACUAAGGGCGUAUCCCUCGAGGCUAUGGACAUCAUCUUCGGCCUCACGACCGCCGAGGAGCGCGAGCGCGACGUCGCGGCAGCCGCGCAGGAGCUCAACGGGGAGAAGGGCGAUGUCAGCUUGCACGAGGUCAGCAUUGACCGCAAGGAGCGCGUGUGAGAAGUUGGGCGAGAUAGAACAGUGCGGUACAGUUGUUAGAUGGAUGGGUUUAAGAUGCAGUGAC